AUGAUCACAUGGCACGACCUCUACACGGUGCUCACGGCGGUGAUCCCACUCUACGUCGCCAUGAUCCUCGCCUACGGCUCCGUCCGCUGGUGGAAAAUCUUCUCACCGGACCAAUGCUCCGGAAUCAACCGCUUCGUCGCCAUCUUCGCCGUCCCUCUCCUCUCCUUCCACUUCAUCUCCACCAACAACCCUUACGCCAUGAACCUCCGCUUCAUCGCCGCCGAUACUCUCCAGAAGGUAAUCAUGCUCUCUCUCCUCAUCCUCUGGGCCAAUUUCACUCGCUCCGGCAGUCUCGAAUGGAGCAUCACCAUCUUCUCCCUCUCCACGCUCCCCAACACGCUCGUCAUGGGGAUCCCUCUCCUCAUCGCCAUGUACGGCGAAUACUCCGGCUCGCUCAUGGUCCAGAUCGUCGUGCUCCAAUGUAUAAUCUGGUACACGCUCCUCCUCUUCCUCUUCGAGUACCGAGGCGCUAAGAUUCUGAUCAUGGAGCAGUUCCCGGAGACGGCGGCUUCGAUCGUCUCUUUCAAAGUCGAAUCCGACGUCGUUUCGUUAGACGGGCACGAUUUUCUCGAGACGAACGCCGAGAUCGGAGACGACGGGAAGCUUCACGUCACCGUGAGGAAAUCGAACGCUUCCCGGAGAUCUUUCUGCGGUGGUCCUAACAUGACUCCUCGUCCGUCGAAUCUCACCGGAGCUGAGAUUUACAGUCUCAGCACGACUCCGAGAGGAUCCAAUUUUAACCACUCCGAUUUCUACUCCAUGAUGGGGUUUCCCGGUGGCCGUCUCUCGAAUUUCGGCCCGGCGGAUAUGUAUUCCGUUCAGUCGUCGAGGGGACCGACUCCGAGACCUUCGAAUUUCGAGGAGAAUUGCGCGAUGGCCUCGUCGCCUAGAUUCGGGUAUUACCCGGGAGCAGCCGGGUCUUACCCGGCUCCGAUUCCGGAUUUCUCCUCCGCCGCUAAUAAAACCGGUGGCAAAAACGGGAAAUCGAAUAGCCAUGAUGCGAAGGAGCUCCAUAUGUUCGUGUGGGGCUCCAACGGGUCACCCGUUUCGGACAGAGCGGGUCUUCAGGUAUUCGGCGGAGCUGAUAAUGGAGCCAACGAACCAGGCGCAAAAGAGAUCCGAAUGUUGAUCUCUGAUCCUCCUCAUGACGCCGAAAGCAAAGCUUCUGUUCCGAUGAACGAAGACUUUGGCGGCGAAGAAGAGUCGGAAAGACCUAAAGAAGGGCUACAGAAGCUUCGAUGUAACUCCACGGCAGAGCUAAACCCUAAGGAAGCAAACGAAACCGGUGAAACCGGACCGGUUAAAAAUAUGCCGCCGGCGAGUGUGAUGACAAGGCUGAUACUGAUAAUGGUGUGGAGAAAACUGAUAAGGAACCCAAACACUUACUCAAGUCUCAUUGGUCUUAUUUGGGCUCUCGUCGCUUUCCGGUGGAAUGUGGCAAUGCCUAAAAUCAUACAGCAAUCAAUCUCGAUUCUCUCAGAUGCUGGUCUUGGUAUGGCUAUGUUCAGUUUGGGAUUGUUCAUGGCGUUGCAACCAAAAUUAAUCGCUUGCGGAAAUUCCACGGCAACUUUUGCAAUGGCGGUGAGGUUCUUGACAGGACCAGCGGUGAUGGCUGUUGCAGCAACGGCUAUCGGGUUACGCGGAGAUCUAUUACGUGUGGCCAUUGUUCAAGCUGCAUUGCCACAAGGAAUCGUGCCGUUUGUGUUUGCGAAGGAGUACAAUGUUCAUCCGGCAAUCUUGAGUACAGGGGUAAUAUUUGGAAUGCUUAUCGCACUACCGAUCACACUUGUUUACUACAUUCUACUCGGGCUAUAA